AUGUCAUCACUUAUUCGACGUGAUUUCGGUUCGUUUCACAGUUCAAAUGUCGAAGAAUUAUUAGAAUUAUCCGAUGAAGAUUUCCCUUUAUUACCCAUUCCAUUCGUUUUACACGAUUAUACAGCAGAUGGUGAAGUUCAAUUUGGAUAUUCGAUGAAAGAGAAAUAUUUUCUGUUGGAUAAUCAAUAUGUUUUUCUCAAUCACGGUGCCUUUGGUUGUGUGUUAAGACCAGUUUUGGAAUAUUCACAUGCAUUUCAAUAUUAUAUUGAAAAACAACCAUUACGUUUCUUUGAUCGUGAAUUAUUUCCGAGAUUAAUUCAAAUUAUUAGACAAAUGACAACAUUUUUACGUUGUUCAUCAGUAAAGAAUUUAAUUUUAGUCGAAAAUGUUACAUUUGCGUGGAAUUCCGUUGUCAAUUCAUUGAACAUCAAUGAAAAAACGUCAAUAUUUAUCACAAAUACAAUGUAUGGUGCUUAUAAAAAGUUUCUCAAAAGUCUUUGUUCUCAAACUGGUGCAGAACUCUAUGAAUUUUCCAUUAAAUUUCCUUUAAAUGAUCUCGAUGAGACGAUCAAUCAAAUGAAAAUUGUUUUGAAAUCUCAACGAUUUACUUAUGCAUUCUUCGAUCACAUUCCAAGUAAUUCUCCAUUGAUUUUUCCUAUUGAUGAUCUUUGUCAUUAUUGUAAUCAAUUGAAUAUUCGAUGUAUCAUCGAUGGAGCACAUUCAUUAGGCUCAAUUGAUCUUCAUUUCGAUUAUGAAAAUGAUUAUUUACCUGAUAUUUAUUUAAUCAAUUGUCAUAAAUGGUUUUGUGCACCGAAAGGUGUUGGUCUUUUGUAUCGAAAAUCCGAUAGUCAAUUGAAUAUUCGUCCGUGUGUACAAUCACAUGGAAUUAAUUCAGGAAUGCAUUCCGAAUUCCUUUGGACUGGAUUAAAAGAUUAUUCGAGUUUUUUAGCGUUAAAUGAAUGUUUAAGAUUUUGGUCUUUUUAUGAUUUCAAGAAAAUUAUUAAGAGAAAUAUUCAAUUAGCAAAAGAUGCUUCUGAUUUAUUAGUUAAUAUGUGGAAAACAUCGAAAUUAACUUCGGAUGAAAUAUCAGGACCAAUGCGAUGUGUGAAAUUACCGAUCAAUGACAAGAAUUGUCAAUAUGUUCACGCGGAAAUGAUACAAAAUAAACUUUAUCAUGAGUUUUCCAUUGAAGUUCCAAUUAAAUGUAUCAAUGAACAAUUAUAUGUUCGAAUAUCAACACAUAUUUAUAAUUCAAUUGAACAAUAUCAAAUAUUAGAUUUAUUAACAAAAAUAUAA